UUCGUAUCCAAAAAGAGUAUUGGAUCAUUUCCCCCUCAAAACAAAAUAAUUGUAGGAAAAAAAGUUAGGGUUCUUUUACUUCUGGAGAUUAGUUUACAAAGAUGAAGAAGAGGCAAGUGGUGAUAAAACAGAGAAAAAUCUCCUACACUACGACUACUUCUUCGAGCAACGUCCGUUACGUUGAGUGCCAGAAGAACCACGCCGCUAAUAUAGGCGGCUACGCCGUUGACGGUUGCCGUGAGUUUAUGGCAAGAGGUGGGGAAGGAACCGACGAUGCUUUGACGUGCGCUGCUUGUGGAUGUCACCGGAAUUUUCAUCGGAGGGAAGUUGAAACGGAGGUUGUUUGCGAGUAUUCUCCUCCUAAUUGAAUCAUUAACGAAGAUGGGAACAUGGAAGAAAACCCAAGAAAGGUAUAUUGGUGAUUUAUAUUAAAAGAAAAAAAGAUUCUACUUCUAUUGAAUUAUAAUAUCAGAGAUGUAUUUAUCUAUGUAUAUGGUUAUUGAUGUAUAUUCAAAUACUUACAGCAACGCCAAUCUAUAUGAUUAAUGAUUCUUCAA